UUAGGCUCCCUAGCGCUAGUCUUCACUCUUCCAAACUUCACGCCGCCUCGUCCGACCUCCAUUCUCCAGUCUUCUCCGCGCAGACCGCGUCUCCACUCCCCACCCCAGCAGCACUCUUCCGCUCUUCGUCCACUACCAGACGGCGGUCUCCGCUCUCGCCAGUCGCCUCCAGCUCUCUUCUCCCUCUCCUACUCUUGCCGGUCCGCGAACGCUCAGGCGCUCAGCGUGAUUGCUUGAACCCUCGCGAGUGAAGUCACGCCAUCUCUCUCGCUCUCACAGAGUCGCGGGCUAACUCUCUCACUCUCAGUGCGGCGAGCUUGAGAAUCAGGCAGGGUGGUGAAUCUGCGAUAACCUCCGGGAUCUCCGCCGUCUCCGUUUAAUAGUUACUUCGGAUUGCAAGAAAAUGGAAUUUUGCCCUACGUGCGGGAUGUUGUUGCAAUAUGAGUUACCACAUAUGGACCGAUCUGCCAGAUUCUACUGCCCUGGUUGCCCAUACGUCUGUCAAAUUGAGCCUAGGAUUAAGAUCAAGAGAAGGCAACAUCUAGUUAGGAAGAAGUUAGAUCCAGUGAUUUCAAUAGAUUCAUUGGAUAACGCCCAAACAACUAGAGAAAGGUGCGAAAUGUGUGGGUUCGAUGAAGCAGCUUUCGUGGAAAUGCAGACUAGGUCUGCAGAUGAGCCUGCAACCCGGUUUUACAAAUGCAAGGGGUGCCGACAUACUUGGAAUGAUAGCAGCUAGGCAAAUUCACUUGAACAACUGGGAAAUUUUGAAGAAAAGCUAGGUGAUAAGAUAUAUUUGGGGAAGUUGAUUGAGUUAGACAACUCUGUUCUUCUGGCUACUUAAGUUUUAUUUAUUUAUUUAUUGGUGUAAACAUUUUUCUGCCCUCAUUUUGGGUAUUGGGUAUGAAUUGAGGAAAUUUUGUUCUUUCCCUUUUAAAUUUAAGAGCAAAGAAAUGGUUAUUG